AUGAGGAUUACGCAAAGUUUUAAGAAAAAUAUUUCAAAUCCAUUUAAAUUUAAAGAUUCUGUUCGUCUUUCUCCAUUAUUAACACAUUUUGAAAGAUGGUCUCGUAAGAAAAAGAAGCUCUUGUUACCUACUAAAGAUUUCAAUAUUGAUGAUAACGAUAAACGAUUAGUGAAACCAAGCUUACCAAAUUUCGACCUUCAAAAUAAUCCCAUUGCAAAUCUCCUUUCCUCUCCAAUACGACGUGAUAGGAUAUCAAAAGCUCAUUUACCAAAGGAAUUGUUAAUGCAAGCAAAAUAUCUACCAGUAGAUAUGAGUAUGAAUAAGUUGCAACUAGUCUUUCCCAUUUUUCAAAAUAAAAAGGGGAGAAACUCUUAUUUGGCUAACAGUGAGGCUGUAUUAUUAAAACAGAUCAAGGGAAAAUAUCAAUGGGUCCCCCCUUCAAUAAUUCACUCAUCUGUUAGAAAAUAUAAUUUAAGCGAUAUAUCCAUAGAAAAGGACGCUAUUGAAAUAUAUAAAAAUAAAUUGGUUAGCUUUAUCGAACAAAAAUUAGUUAUUGCAUCAAAAAAAGAUUAUAAGCGUAAUAUUCUUAAGCCAUUUAGAGUUACAUUCAAAACUGAGAUUAGUCCUUCUAUUAUGAUAAGGCGUGAGCAAGAUCCUUUGACAAGUAAAUUGAUCCAAAUAAAUUUGGAUCCCUUGAAAUAUUUAUGGGUUGAAAAGCUUCAAUUGGAGAAUGAUGAGCUUAUUCUAAAUAUUCAAGAUGAUUAUGAAUUAAUUUAUUCAUUAUUUAAAUUAAUAUAUUUUACUGAAUCCUAA